AGUAGCCACUGGCGAACUCCCGGCUGGUUGCUAGCCGAGUUGCCGUAGUACAAUAUUUGCGGCGCGCCUCGACUUUUCCACUUCCCCUCCCCUCCGACGCGGCGGCGACCAGGACCCGAGGAGAGAGCCGAGCCAGCCAGCGAGGGAGGGAGGGAGGGAUCCAAUGGCUCCCAAGAGGGAGCUGUUCGUGGCGGCCGGAGACGGCGGGGCGGCGCCGCCUCCGGAGAAGCGCCUGCGGGCGGAAGCGGCUCCCGGCAGCAGCCCCGAGCCGCCGUCGUCGCCGAGGCACUUUCUGGCCAUCGUGCUCGUCGUCCUCUUCUUGAAACGCCCGAAGGGUAGGAGCACGGACGCCAUCCCAAUCUCCGCCUUGAAGUUUGGUCGCAUGAUGCGAGACCAGAUUUGUCGUUUCAUUAAUCCCUUGUUUAGCAAACUGGAAACUAUGGAUAGCAAACUGGAAACUAUGGGUAGCAAACUGGGAAGAAUGGAGGAGCAGAUUCUGGAUAUCACCGUGAAAGUGGACAAUAUAGCACGGCGCUCUCCUGACCACCACAAUCAUGAGCAGUUCAGGCAAGAGACAAACCAGGAAGUCAAACCUGCUGAAGCUGAAGGAUUGGCCAGUACUGAAGGCAAGGGUGAAAACACAAGCAUUCAGCUGCGCUUCCUCAAUGGAAUGAACACGCAAGUUUACCAUGACGAUGAGAUAAAAUCUGACCGCAAUACAGCCAUUAGGAUUGGCAUAUUCAAUGGAGAGAAAAUGAUUGAAUCAGGCGAGCUUUCGAAUGUGCAAAUUGAGAUCUUCGCCCUUGAGGGUGACUUUCCUUAUGCUUCCCCAAAGAGUUGGACUGCUAAGAAGUUCAAUAAACAUAGAGCCAAUGCUCGGGAUGGAAGAGGAAAUGUGUUGGCAGGUGAAGGAAUAAAAGCCCAGCUGAAGAAUGGACAGUGCGAUCUUGGCAGCAUCAAAUUCACAGAAAAUUCAAGCAAGGCUCACAGAGGGAAGUUCAUCAUUGGGGCACGAGUUUGUGAGGGUGAGGUAUCUGGCAUCCGUGCCCAAGAGGCUGUCAUGGACCCUGUGGUUGUGCAGGAUCGCAGAAACAAAUUCAAUGAAAAGCGACACCUUCCUAAGCUCGAUGAUCCGGUGCAUCGAUUGAAAGAAAUUGCGAAAGAUGGGAUUUACUGCAAGAGGCUCGAGAAGGAGAAGAUCCGCACUGUGCAGGACUUCUUGAAGGCUCUGAAUAAGGAUCCUGAGAAGCUUGCCAAAGUUCUCCAGAUAAAAAAAGAACACAGGAACUGGGAGAAGAUGGUCGAGCAUGCAAGGAAGUGCCCCCUUGGGCGUGAGCUGAAAUCAUACCACUGCCCAGAGACAAACAUUGUGCUCUUUUUCAAUUGCGUGCAUGGUUUUGUUGGAGCUGAAUUUGAUGGCCGUUACAGAGCGUGUGGCAAGUUUGACCAGGAUGAACAGUUGCAGGAUCUAGUAGAUAAGCUGAAAGGGAGUGCAUAUGAUCAAUUGGAUGCUCUUCGUCCUGAUUAUGUAAUGACAGAGACAGACAACUUUCCUCGGCCACUUACUGCAUAUAUAGGUGGCGCUGGUUCUAGUGCUGGAGUUGGACCAUCCAACAUGCCAAGUGGUUGUUCUGGUCCUGUUGCAGCUUAUCAAGCUGCAUGUAUUCCAGCUGUCGAAAGCUCGAGCCACACUCAGAUUGAGUCAUCCAUUGCAAACACGAACAUGGAUCCCAGUCCCAGCUCCUCUAUUCCUGAUCGCCACAGUGCAUAUCAAUAUCAAUAUCAAUAUCAAGGAACCCGGCUUGCUGGUCAGGAGCAGUUCUCCUCUACCUCCCAUAAUGGUUUAUGUCAGGAACCUGUUGGUCGACCGGACUCUUGUAGUUGGGCAACCAAGGAGUUGUACCAUGGAGAUGAACAAGACGAAGUGGGGCGUUUCCUGAACCAAGCAGGGUUUAAUCAGGUGGACAUCCAGAGUUCGCUCUUCUGGCUAGGCAAUGACACCUUAGAAGCACCAACUUCCUCUCAGGGCUAUAUGAUGUUAACACCACAACAACCUGCAGCUGGUGGUGCUCCAGCAUCAGCUCAAGGUAGCACAUCAGCUCAAGGUAGCAUGCAGAGCCAGAUGCAAGCUCCCCUGCUCCAAAGCAAUGACACCUCGGUGGCGUCGGCUUCUGCUGAACAGGCCCUUCCACCACAGGAAUGGUCUUCCUGGAGCGACUUGAUCUGAAGACUGACAUUUGGUAGCUGUGCAUAGAUUUGAUUCCCUGGAUCAGGUACCAGGUGCAGCAACAGUUGUAAGCUAAAAAAAGAAGUAAUACAGUUUUACGACUUCUAUCACUAUUUUCUCUUGUAUAAUGUAGAACCUGAAGUGUGGUGUGUGAUUCAGCUGGACUGCUUUAGGGUACUGCCUGUUCAUACAAGCCUGGUAUGAGUGUAGAACUGUAAUGCCUGGCAGGAGGAAAGAAAGAAAGAAAGAAAAACAACAUUUUUCUAGUAAAUUAUGUUCAAUUUCAGUGUA